GGGAACUCUAUGACCUCUGGUAUUCCGAGUGCCCCAUCAGGAUGGAUGUUACCUUGACAACCUUCUUCAUUGGGGUCUGGGGCUGAGUGCUGAGUGUAAGCAUCUGUCACCAUGAGGCUUCUUAUGCUCCUGCUGCUGGCUGGGCUCUGUGGUCUGGGCCUGUGUCGAAGCCGGGACCCCUUCAGGUGGCUGUCCUACAUGCACAGCCGGUACCGCUCCUACGGGUCCCUCCAGGCCGACACCACGGGGGGGGACUGCCCCCAGGAGUGCGACUGCCCCCCCAGCUACCCGGUGGCCAUGUACUGCAACGGGCGCGGGCUCCAGCAGGUCCCCAACGUCCCGUCCCGCAUGAAGUACGUCUACCUGCAGAACAACCAGAUCAGCGCCAUCCAGGACGACGCCUUCGUUAACUCCACGGCCAUCGUCUGGCUCAUGCUGCAGCAGAACCUCCUCACCUCGGAUGGCAUCGGCCCCAACGUCUUCUCCGGGCUGACCAACCUGCAGAGGCUCUUCCUGGACGGCAACCUGCUGAACCACGUCCCGUCCAACCUGCCCACCUCCAUCCGGGUGCUGCGGCUGUCCAGCAACAACAUCUCCACCCUGGAGGAGGGCGCCUUCAGCGGCAUGGAGGACCUCACCAUCCUGAAGCUCCACGACAACAUCAUAGAGGAUGUGGGCGGGGCUUUGAAGUCCCUCCCGUCUCUCACCCUCCUGGACAUCAGCAGUAACCGUCUGCGGACGGUUCCGAGCCUUCUCCCCGAGAGGCUGCACCAGCUCUAUCUGGAGUCCAACAGCAUCGACACCAUCCCUGCCGACGUCCUCCACAAGCUCUCCCAGCUGCAGUUCUUCCGCCUCGCGAACAACAAGCUGACAGACAAGGGGAUCCCUGCCAGCACCUUCAACGUGAGCGGUCUGAUCGAGCUGGACCUCUCCUACAACAAGCUGGAGAGAAUCCCACUGGUCAGCACCAAGCUCCAGAACCUCUACCUGCAGGCCAACCAGAUCAAAGAAUUCACCUUGGGAAGCUUCUGCAGAGUGGUCGACAUCAGGAAUUACUCAAAUUUGAGAGUGCUGCGUCUGGAUGGUAACGAAAUCAAUUCGGGAGACUUUCCACAAGAGGCUGCCCUUUGCCUACGUCUGGCUCGGAGCAUUGACGUGUAGUACCGCAGAUUCACCAGCAGGAGGAGCCUCGAUUCGCAGCCACAGGUUCAGCUGAAACUCAGAACACAUUUUGUGCAAGAGGCCAGCGUAUGGAUCAUCAACUUAUGGUUUUGGAUAGAGCGUCAUUUCUUUUUCCUAUGAAUUUUCUCUGCGGAGACCCUUUUAAUAGAACAGUAGACCUAGUAAUUAAUUUCUCAUUAAAAACAUACAAUGUGGAGUUAAUGUGCUUAAACAAUGAUGGUGUGUAUGUAAGUCCUGGACUAGUAAAAGCUAUGCUGUGAGUAUUUAUUCUUAACUAACCUGAAGAAAUUAUACCAAAUAGUCUAUGUCAGCGUAUGUUUUAACAUUUUAUUACAUAAAGAAAAGAUCCAAGUGAAUGCAAAAAUCCUGAGUAAUUUUACCAUUCUUCAUUUCAUCGCUGUUGUCAAGAUGUUAUUUUCUAUGCUGCUAACUUCAUUAUUUGGUCUUUUGCUUCAUAUUCAGUUGUUCCCUUAUUGUAGAUUACAUCAUAAUUCAUUUGCUCUGGGAUUGUUCUAUCUUGAUAUUGCAAUGACAUAUUGAUGCUGCAUGCUUAUAAGACUUUUGAAUAGGAUUAAGAUUUGCUAUUGAUUUACAUAGUUUUCAGUCGUGCAAAUAAAAUAAAAAAGCUUUUACUUUUCAAGUAAUUCCUGCAAGGAUUUUCAUAUGUGUAGUUACUGAUCAGUGUUUUUUAUGGGAUGCUGCUGAAUGCAGAUGAGUAGAUAAGCUCUUGUGACUCUGUGUGCAGAAGGAUGGUGCUUGUAAUGGUGCUUCCUCCUCUGUUAACUCCUCUGAUUUUUGUUUUGUAACAUUUUCCAGAUUAGUUAACUUAGCUUAUGAGAAAAUCAACCCAGAACUAGUCGUUAUCACGUUGGAUGAAAUUUGUCCUGUGAAACAUUUCCAAAGCAGCAGAAACAGGAAGUGGACUGUGCACAACCCGGAAGUGGUCAAUGGGGGAGGCGGCACCAGAAAUGAAGGCUUGCAGAUGCCAUGUUCACUUAU